UGAAACAUACUUGACCCACCAUCUCCUCCCCUCAAAAAAGAGAAAGGAGAGGCCUUGCAAAACUCCCAAUUACUCCUGCCAAUGGCUUGCACCUCUCUCCCCAAACACUCACUCCCAUUUCUCCAAGCACCAAUCUCCACCAAGAAUCCACACUCUCCAACUCUUACAAUCCUCUCCAAGUCCUCACAGUCCCAGAUACAUGGCCUCAAGCUCUCCAGCCCUACCACCCCCUCAACACCAUCUUCUUCUUUCCCUCCAAGGACACCCAUUUGUGCUAAGGUGUCCAAGGGUGAUGCGCCCCCUUCAUUUACUUUAAAAGAUCAGGAUGGGAAGGAUGUGGCUCUCUCCAAAUUCAAAGGGAAGCCGGUUGUCGUCUACUUCUACCCAGCGGAUGAGAGCCCAGGGUGCACUAAAGAGGCUUGUGCCUUCAGAGACUCUUAUGAAAAGUUCAAGAAGGCAGGAGCUGAGGUGUUAGGAAUCAGUGGUGACGAUCCUGCCUCUCACAAGGCCUUUUCUAAAAAGUAUAGGUUGCCAUUCACCUUACUUAGUGAUGAAGGCAACAAGGUCAGAAAACAGUGGGGGGUGCCAUCUGAUCUUUUCGGAACAUUGCCUGGGAGACAAACCUAUGUAAUUGAUAGAAAUGGGGUGGUUCAGUUGGUCUACAACAAUCAAUUCCAACCGGAGAAACAUGUAGACGAGACCCUAAAGCUACUGAAAAGCCUUUAAGGCAUUUUGUUUCUUUUUUCUUUUUUUGAGAAAAUCUUUAAGCAUUCUGUUGUGUGAUGUUCCUAUUCUAUGUCUAGUCUUUUGUCCCCUACAUUUGCUUGUACCAAACAUACAUUUAGCAAGAUGCAGGCUAGUGCCUUCCAUGAUCAACAUUACUUAUGGUGAAUUCAAGCUUCAUAGUUUCAUGUGAA